AUGUCGAACAAGGGUCCGCCUGUAAUAGAAAGACCCCAACGUUCGUCACCUGUUCGCAUUGUUGAUAAGAAUGGUUCUCCACAUAUGUCAGCUAAUUUUUCACCACUCGCCUCUUUUCAAGCAGUAUUUUCGAAGGCCACUCAAGCUGACAAUGAGAAUAACCCAAACGCGCUAACACCACGUCCACCAAUUGUCCAUUUCUUUGUUUGCGAUCAUGGAAAUGCGAAAGUUAAAGCAUUUGCGGAUCAAUUUAUCGAAUUACUUGUUGAGAACGGUAUUCGUGUUUACCCAGAGCUAUACUUGACGCAUCAGCCUGGAUAUCAAGUCAGAGCUGUCUCAUUUAACACAAACGCAGACUACUUCUUCCAAAUACAUUCGAAAACUGCUGGUCCAGGAAGAGUCAGACUAUACAUUGAUGGCCAACCAAAAAGAAUGUCAAUACAAGAAGCUGUUGUCCACAUUUGGUCAACAUGGCGCUUAAAAUGCGGUGCAUUAAGCAAAGCAGAAGUUGACAGCCUUUCUACUGAGAGACUCAUAACUCUCCUUGGUGUUUUCGCAGAUAUCAAGCCGGAAAACGUAAAUAUUGAGCCUCUUCAAGCAGAAUUACGCCAAUCAAUCUUAAAUAAUCAAUCUGUUUCUCCUGUUCUCACCAAACUUACCGAGUUUACAGAGAUCCUGGAAACAGGUCGCCAGAAGGUUAAUUCCAUGAGAGUAAUCAACUCAGAGUGGAAAAGUGAGCCUGGAACGGUUUUGAGCAGAUGCCUUCCAACACAAGUCAUUUCCGGCUUGUCCGUACCAUUGAGAGAAGUUCUGCUCUCAAUCAUUGAUCAAACUCUGAGAAAAGUGUCAACUUUGCAAUCAAUUGCACAAAAGUACGGUACAACAGAAGAAACCCGUAUGAAAUUGGAAGAUGACAGUCCAGAGCUUGAAAUCAUUGAUGAUACUCCACAAACGCAAACAAAUUGGAAUUUGAUGCUUGAAAGUACUGAAGAUCACCACCAAUCAAUGCCAUCACUCGGUGAUCAUGUUAUUGGUAGUUCGGGAUUUUUGGCCAUGGCGCCAACCUCCAUUCUCGACGAUUUUUAA